AUGCCCUCUAACCCUAAUGCAAAGGCAAAGCCACCCAGGCUCGUCCUCUUCGACAUCAUCCCAGAGCUAACCAUUGUCACCGGCUCUAUCUCAGAGAUGAUCAACUCCCCCACAAAAGUCAAGCCUCAAAACAGUCCCAACUCGCCCAUCACCGAUACUUUUGAUGGUAGUGGCACCACCACCACCAACAACAACGACACAACCAAAAUUUCACCAACUCAGCCGUCACCCACUAGUCCAACCACCAACAGAAAGAGAGACAAGAAUGGAAAGAAAAGAAAGCGAAGCGGAAGUGGCAGAAAAGGAGGAGGGCCGUGUACCGCCGAGUUUGAUUACCUGGGUUGGUCGGCGUGGGGAAGCUAUCGACGGAGUGUGACGGGUGCUGCUGCCAGGCGUGCUUUGACAGUUGGUGGUGGUGAUGAUGAUGAUAAUAGUGGAAAGAAGAAGUUGGGAUCGAGUGGAAAGAGGAGAUUCACCAGCGUUUCUCUCUCUCCUCGUCCCUCCCUUUCUUCCAGCUCUAACAACAAAGAUACCACCACCACCUCUGACUCCGACUCAUCCCAAUCUGCCAAUGACAAAGUCGCCGCCGCUCGCCUCCAAGACUUUGCAACAUGGCAUCUCAUCCCCGUCCCCCCCUUAGACUCAUCUUCAAGUCCGUCUUCAUCUUCACCCCUAGGCCCAGGCUCAAAAUCGCCUAGAGCUACAACCCUAGCCUGGCAUCACGUCUCUGAGCGCGAGACCCGCUCCAUCGCCCGGGCCAAAGAAAAGAUGUACGUCGAACGCACCCACAACUGCUGGUCUCACUGCGACUAUCCGUCCGAGUGUCGACAGACUGUCAUCGCUGCGUGCGAAGAAGGUCGUGCCAAGAUUGACAGAAAGGCCAAAAAAUUGGUGUGGGUGAAUGAUAGGGAGAAGGACGCCAUCGAGGCUCGGAGGCGUAAGGAAAGGGAGAGGGAGAGGGAGACUAUGAAGAAGGCGUUGGGAGCGAGGAGGAGUAGGAGUGGACAAGAAGAAAGGGAGAGGAGGAUGGGUGGACAGAGAAGUAGUGGGAGGAAGGGAAGGGGACACGGGGGAAAUGGGAGUGGGAGUGUCCGGGAGAAAAAAAGUGAUGACUCUUCUUCGUCAGCGUCGACCUCCUCUGCUCUUGGCAGCAGUAGCUCUUCUUCAGACGCCUCGGGUUCGGAAGAUGAACAGUUGCUUGUCAAGGAGGCGACUAUCAAGUUCGAUUGGAAGGAGACCAUGAUAGCAGCACAAGGGACGCAGAAGGACCCGGAGGAUGACAACACCGGCAACCUCACGAUUGCCACGCUCGAGCCCUAUUCUAGGCUGGACGGCUGCAGUUCUCGCCAGGACUGUUACAUUACCAUGGUUGCGGAUGAGAUGACUAUUGAUCCUGCGAAGCUGUUGAAGGACGAUCUGGAGACCAUUCCAGUUUCGCCGGUGUCGCCCUUGGCUGGAGGCCGUCUCGCUCUGGGAAUCGCUAACCCGGACAUUUAUGAGUCGUUUGCCUCAUUCAUUUGA